AUGGCUGAAUAUGCGGUGCUCCAUCUACUAGCCAACCUUGCACCCUUCCUUCAAGGAGAGGUGAAUUUGUUGUGCGGAGUUUGGGAAGCAAUGAAAGACAUCAAAGAUGAAUUCGAGCGCAUGUCGGCUUUCCUUAGAGUUGCUGAUGCUAAGGAAGAAAGUGACCCUGAACUCAAAGUUUGGGUCAAACAAGUUCGAGAUGCUGCUUAUGACACUGAAGAUGUUCUUGACAAAUUCAAGCUUCACCUUGCACAUCAUCACGCACGCCACCAAAUUGCUUCUGAAAUACAAGGACUCAAGUCCAAGGUCAUCAAUAUUUCCGAGGGACAUAAAAGAUACCAUGAUAAAUAUGGUAUACUAGAGCAAGGCUCAAGGUCCAAUGUUGUUUACAAUUCAUGGUAUGAUUAUCGUGACAAUGCACUUCUACUCGAAGAAGCAAAGCUAGUUGGCAUCGAAAAGCCCAAAAGACAACUGAUGGAGUGGCUAGUCGAGGGAGGUUCUGGGUUGAAAGCGGUUUCUGUGGUGGGAAUGGGGGGCUUAGGCAAAACCACCCUGGUUAAAAAAGUCUAUGAUGAUGCAAAGGUGAAGAAACAUUUUAAGAUCCAUGCUUGGCUCACUGUUUCCGAGUCAUUCAGGGUUGACGAUCUCCUGAAGGACAUGAUUCAACAACUCUUUAAAGAAAUCAUGCAACCAUUCCCUGUUGGAGUUAAAACUAUGAGCAUUGACAGGUUGAAAUAUCUGGUAAAUAAUUUUCUGCAACAAAAUAGAUACGUGGUUGUUUUCGAUGAUGUUUGA